AUGAUUGGCGUAGUUGAAAAGACUCUUUUACUGUCUUCUGACUGUACAAAACAAAGUAACUUCACCAACCCAAUUUCAGAUGGCACACUGUUGGCUCCUGAGUCAGACAACACUCAACUGCACGCGCUGUUUGGACAGACGUGGAAAGUGAGGAAUGAAUCUGAUUGGCUGUUCCGACACACCCUCUCAUUGGUGGAGUCCGAUUUGGAGGAGGGGCCUGUGAAUGCUGUGUAUGAGGUUCCACCCGAGUUCGCUGCUUCAGUCAACCAGAGUUGCAACUACAAUCCCAACUGCAUUCUUGACGUGUUCCUGACUGAUGACGUCACAAUUGCAGACGACUAUGCUGCAGUACAGCAGUCAAACUUCCCAGGUACCCAGACAUCUCUCUUCACUCAGAGGUCACGCGAGGUCAACGCACCAGCACAGGAGCCAACCAACCCACCCCAGAACUUCUCCGCUAAGAGAGAAGUAAAUGCCGCUUGUCUGGCGAUGAUGGUUGCUCUUUUGAGCAUAUUUAUGACUUGAGACGAGAAACAAGAUCCGAAGAAGACGACAUUGACCUCGGAGUUGUAUAUGGAUAUUAUAAUAAACUAUAAAGUCAUUGAAGUCUGGACUAAAAUGCCCUUGAAAACUGGUUCAAUCGAAAACCAUCACUAAUUUGUUUAU